AUGAAAGAUCUGGGAGAGCUGAAAUAUUUUUUGGGGAUAGAGGUUAUGAGAUCUAAGAAAGGUAUAAAAAGUGCUCUAGAGCUCAUUUCAGAUACAAGCUUAAGUGGUGCAAAACUUGCUAAUUCAUCACUUGAGCAAAAUUUGAAGCUUACAAUAGUCGACUAUGACAAUCAUAUGGGAAAAGCAGGAGAUGAAGUAUUGAAGGAUAUCAGUGGCUAUCAAAGAAUGAUAGGAAAUCUGAUUUAUUUGACAAUAACUAGGCCAAACAUCUGUUUUGCAGUAGAAUUGUUAAGCAAAUUCAUGCAACAUCCAAAACAGUCUCACCUAGAGGUAGUCAGGAAAGUUGUAAGAUACAUCAAGAGGUCACCAGGAAUGCGUAUAUUUCUAAGACGAGGAUCACUAGCACAGGUCACUGCCUAUUAUGAUUCUGACUGGGCUGCAUGCCCAAACACAAGAAGGUCAGUGACUAGCUAUGUGAUUAAGAUGGAAGAUUCCUUGAUUUCAUGGAAAUCAAAGAAGCGGCAUACUGUUAGCAGAAUAUAG